CGCGCUUCGCGAUGUCGCGUGUGGCCCAGUUUCCUACCCACAGUUGUAGAUAAAGCUCGCCAGCGAGGAUCUCUGCUCAGUGCCCCAGACUAAUUAAUGGCAACAUAAUCAUUCUCGCAUUCACUGUUUACGCUUCUCGCAACUCGUUCCAAUGGAUGGCGAGUCGCCUCGAUUUCCGGAGGCCACUCCAGACCAGCAAGAUAUAGACAAGGAGCCCACGUUACCCGGCAUACCUGGUAUACCUCGAUUUCCUGAUGUGUACCGCGGAACCAAGUCUGCCACCAACCCGCGCAAACGACUGCACACCGAGGACGCGUCGCUAUUUCUCUCGACCUCCAGCGACCCAGCUGUCUUCUCGAGCGACGACGACCCGGCGCUAGAGAACGUGGGCAGGCGCAAGAAGCGAUACGUAGGCUCGUGGUUCCAGCAGGUGCCCGCCUCCUCUGAUUCCGCCAUUGGCGAAGACAUGCAGACUUCGCCUUCGCUGGUCGUUCCGAAGCGCAAGCGGACUCUCAGGCGCCAGUUUGACAGCGGCGUCUACAUGGGCCACGUUGGAUCAAUUGACUCCUCGGAUGGGGAGCCGGAUGAGGAAAUCAUCGGCGACGGCCCAGACGGCCCAGACGAAUCAGACGGCCCAGAACAGCCAAAUAUCGACGAGUCGGACGAUUCUCAUGCGGGCGACUCGGAGGAGGACCUAGAGGCACUCCUGCGAAACCCCGGUCCAUACCGACUGAACCCUCAUUCCGAUGCAUGCUAUCGGCGCCUGGCAAUCGAGAGGGCGAUGCCUAAAUACGGGGCCGACGAGGCGGCAAUUCAGAAUUAUUUCCAGGCACUAAUAGAGCAAGGAGAAGAGACCGUGGAUUUAUCGAAUAUAGGGAUGAAUUCCGUCUCCAAUGCGACAGUCUCACUCCUGUCCGGCUUGGUUCGCAUUCCCACGGUGAUAGAAGAUGUCGAGUUUGAGCAGCCAGAAACGUCUAUCAAUCUGAUAAUGUCGAACAACCGCCUCAUCCGAGUUCCCACGGCCAUCUUCGAGCUCGAACACUUGACCACUCUGAGCCUCCGAGGCAAUAAGCUCGUGGAGCUCCCGCCAAGCAUCUCGCAGUGCAAGAGCCUCCGGACCCUCAACGUCUCCUUCAACCGACUUCGAUAUCUCCCAGGCGAACUCCUCGAGCUGAUCAAGGAAGGCGGCUCCCUCCGCGAGCUCCACCUCUUCGGCAACCCAUUCUACGUGCGCAAGAGAACCACCCCCCAGACCGACAACCCAGAAGAAGGCAACCCGGAUGACUACGGACCGUCGAGGUUGUACCGAACCCCCGUCCAGUACACCGACGCCUCGGGCGCCGUCUAUUCCGACUUCCGCCUAGACGACCGCAAAGAAGUCGACCUCGAGCCCGACUGGCAGCUCACGCCGCCGAGGCGCCACCAGGUCCCGACGCGCGUCCCCUCGCUCCUCGAGCUCGCCCUCCGCUCCGCCUCGCGCGCCUCCAAGAACGACGCCUCCCUCGCCGCGCACCUCGGCCCCGCCGGCCCGGACCGCCUGCGCGCCCUCCUCGACGCCGCGGCCGCGGACCGCUACCAGGGGGGCCGGCGGUGUCGGUCGUGCGGGCGCGGGUUCGUCCGCCCCCGGGCUAGGUGGCUCGAGUUCGACACGUCGGGCGACGCGUCGGGCGGGGGCCCGCUCGUCCAGGUCAAGAUUGUGGGCGCGCCGUUCCUCUGGGCUGGGUGCUCUUGGAGGUGUGUUCCUGCGGUUGUGCCGAGGGCCGGUGGUGAGGCUGGGUCGUAGGUUUGUGAGCUCGCUAUCGGGGGGGAUGGGAGUUGCCGGGGGGUGGGCUGUAGAAGUACAUAGACGCGGCUAGGUCGUUUGGCUGGCAAUGCCGAUGGGCUUUUUCUAACUAGAUGAAGUGUCGAUAUAUAUAAUAUUUGUUACGUUCAUCCUUGUCCACUUAACUCCCGUCACAGGGUCGGCCAUCCAUAUUCUGAGAGCGGCUUGCCUCAUACCAAGCGGUAUCCGCCUUCCAUGCGACGUACAUAUGGGAGACGUUGAGCAAGCUCGCAGAAAACAUAGAGAG